AUGGCUGGGGAAAUAGCAUGUGCGGACCUAAACAUUCAGGAAAUGCCUUCCUGUUCAAGGAUACCGAUGCCUCGUCCUGGCAGGAACUGCAGUAAGUGGCUCACUUAGUCAUGUAUUUUUAUUUUGUGUAGGAUAAUUAAUCUGCAGGUGGGUUGCAGAAUCUGAGGUCCUUAGGUGUGUCUUGUGGGUCUCUGCUAAAUCCUUGCUGCCCAAUGUAGUUGCCUGGAUAGUCUUCAGACCGAUGCAUCCUUCUUUUAUUUUAGAAAAUUAAACUUAAACUACAAAGGGUAGACAUGCUAGAGGUUUACAAAACAUGAACAGUAUGGAGAGACUAGAAAGGGGUUUGUUUCUUCCUCUCCUUUGCAUAAUUCUCCAACCUUGAAGUCGCCUAAUAAAAAUAAUUUGAAGCAGGAGAGGCAAAUGGAAGUAUUAUUUUCCUUCACGUAUUACGGAAUGGGCUCAGUGAUGGAAUAAAGGCUUUGCCUGCAGAAGGAUCCCGUUCAUUUUUUAACUAAAUAAAAAAAAGAUUUUCAAUUGUAUACCUUUCAGUAAUUUUACAAUCAUUUUAACGUUUUGAAAUUCACCUUCCUUCCCCUCUUUCUGCGGAUCCUUAAAUUUAUUUUUUAUAUUUUCUGCAUAUUCUAAAUUAACUUAACGUAAUCAUUUAUUCAUCUACUUUAAAUGUAUACUCUUAUUGAACUGCAGGUUAUUAUAAUAAUCCUGCCAGUGUUCUUAUCUGUUUACAGUUUGAAAUUAUUCAAUAAAGCUUUUCCAUUAUUUUAUAAAAAUGUUUGUUAUCUUGAUUUCUUAUAUUUCUGGUAAGUUUCGCCAUUUCUGUGUAUUCCAUAAGUUUUUGUAUCCAUUCUUCUUUUGUUAGGACUUUCACACUUUAAAGCUCCGUGUUCCUUCUUUUGCCCUGGAGAUUUCCGCAUGAAAACCUGCUCUUUAAAGCUCAAUCAGUACGAACAGCAACCCACAGAAAACCAAAUUGAUGUUUGUUGUGUUUUAGUUUAAAUAGGGUUUUUUGUGUGGGGAAAGCUCCAGGGCAAUAAAAGAGCGCUCAGACAUGGAGCUUUAAAGUGUGAAAAUGUGCCUGGAAAGCAGGAGGACAGGUGGGUGUGGAUAAGCCCACAUACCUGUAAAAAAGUUUGAGGCCCCCUCCCGGCAGGUAUUUAACUGUGGAUGUAUUCAGCAGCAUGUUAUUGACGCGAGAAUAAAGCAUCUGUGGUGGAUUUAUUCUGCUGGUUUUGUAAUGUUUCCCCAAUGCCACCACAUUAUUGCUGCCUGGAGUGCAACAAAAGCAGGGCACACACAUACAAAUUCUCUCUCACACACACACACCAGAACUUCUGUGACAUGAAAAAUAUGGAAUUUCAGCAGGAAGACACAGGAUAGGAACAGAUUGGAAAUGAAACAGUGUUGCCAGCAAAAAAAACCAGCCACCCUCUGCAGGAACAAAUAAAAUUGAAAGUCAGAUUCUUUAUGAGGGGCAUCAGGAGCAUAAAUAAUCAUGAGUGAACAGUAGAAAUGAAAUCUUCAGGGGGCCAAUAACUUGAAGUUUGUUGAAGAGAAGGACAUGAGGCAGGAGUUGGUAAUGCAGGUGAGCUGUGCAUAAGCAAGCUGUCCGCUAGCUCUUCCGAGGCUCUUUUUAUUAGCACAAUAUGCAAAGCCAGUCAGAUACAUUUUGGACUGUGCCCUUUACAUCUUCCAAUCACGAGAUCGUGGAGUGGUACAAAGUUAUUUUGGCACCUGUUUCCACCGCGUCAUUUUCCUCUUGAACAAUGUAUAGCGAAGGAGACAAAGGUCACAGGCAGGGCACGGCAGACCACUAAGAGAGCAAAAGUUAGAUAGAGGGCAUGAUGUUCAGACAGCUGUGACUUUGUCUGCGGGUGGAAGUGUGCUCCACACCUGAAGGUCACAUGUUCAGACAGUUGUGGCUUGUCUGCAGGUGGAAGUGUGCUCCACACCCAGCGGUCACUCCUUCAUAUGUUCCUGUUGAUUGGUCCCAGUCAAGAACUUUGCAGCCAUGUUCUGAACAUGCAUAUGGCUCUGAUGUUUUCAAAACUAGCCCCAGGUAUAAUGUGUCAAUAACCAGCGAGUAUCGGUGUUCGGUUUGAGACAUUAGAAGUCUUCCUCCACCUGCAUCCUAACCACCUGGCAACUUGCAUCAUUGCAAUAAGCUCUGGGCAUAAGUGUGGGGCUGCUAAGCAGGAGAGGAAGUCAGGAGUGAUUGUAUCAGCUGUCCAGGCCAGUGUUUUUGCAGUGCCAGACAGAUCAGCUGGGAAAUCACCCAGAGCAAUCUGGAAAGCCACCAGAUCGAUCAGUCUCUGAGGGCAGGCAAUGUUGUAUAAACUGCCCUGCUGCCUUGAGGGAAGCUAAAGUAUCUGGUGAGACUGCAGGACUGUGGAGAGAGUAUGGUGGUGAUGGGAAACUAAUUCAUGAACCAAGAACUUAUAUACUGACCACUAAUAAAGAAACAUAUGUUGUAGAUAUUUUCCCACAUUUAUAAUGCUAUUUUUUGUGAUAUACAAAUGACAUGAGAAGACUUGGUAUACUUAUUUGUAUACCAUUAUUCUUUUUUAUAAAACCCAAAAAAUAAAAAAAAACACUACGGCAGAAUGUCAUAGCUUCGAUUCAGAGAGAAUUAGGUUUUCAUAAUUGCAAACAGAAUUCUGUACUAAGAAUCUUAGGUUUGAUCCAUUAUCCUUUAUAAUUUGUGUUCGUCUACUGCAUUCAAUAUUUUAGUUAUGUACUGUAUAAAUAAGUAAUAGAUUUGAUGUAAGUUGAUCUUCUAUCUAUAUUAGCUGAAUUGCUAGGCUUUUUUUAAAAAAAUGAGAGAUCUCUUUUGGAUCUCCUUUAGAACUGUACAAAAGCUUGUGUCUGUUAAAACUGGCCUGUAGCUACUGAAUCUUGUGCUUCUCAUGCAUUGUAAAUGUCAUAUUUAAAUAAACCACUUUGAGUGUAACCCCCCCCCCCAAAAAAACACGCCUCAACUUAAUGUUGAAUAGGGUUGUUUGUGCAGGCAGUAGAUGCCAUAAUUCAUAACGUCACACCAGCAUCAGUUGCAAUCUCUUUACACCAAAAAGCAUAGUUCUUUUAUCAACUUUUAAUUCUUACAGAUGUCCAUAAGUAUACACAGGGCCUUCGCGUUGCUCUUGGAACUGCCUGCGCUGUGAUUCUCCUCCUCACUCUGGCUGUAGUAAGGCUGAAAGUUUUGGGUGAGUAACUGCAUGCUUAAUGUUGGUAUUCCCAAGAAUGUUUGCAAUCCUGUGCAAGUCCACCCCCAUUGAAUUUAGUAGCGUUUGCUCCCAGGUGGGAAUAGGAUUGCAGCUUGAGAAUGUGAAUACAGGUAAAAUUUCCUCGCACAGUCCGCUAAAGGUUAUCAUCAUGGAGACAUCCUAGAAGGCUACUGCUAAUUUGCUUUUUGUCAAAGGCACCGUAGCAGCUGGUGAAUAGAAAAUAGAAAAUAGUGUGGGCAUUUCAAAAACAUUUAUUUAUUUGAGAAAAGAUAAAUUAUGCAUCAAAUAAGCCCCAGUUCUGUGCUCAGAAUAAACUAUGGGGAAGUGUAUUUCUUAUUUUGCAACCCUAAAGAUUAGCCCUAUUUUCCACCUCUGUAUUUUAAUUAAAAUAAUGAACAUUAUUUAAUAUUCCUAUGAAUACUCUUUGAUGCCCUGCUUGCUUUGUCCCAGUCAAUGUGAGCAGCAGGAUUCUUCAUAAUUUGAUGACAGGUUACAGGGUGCCAAACAUAUGUAUCCUUUGUGAAUUACAUUUGGCUAUGUAACAAAACAAAAUGGCUAUGUUUCUUUUCCUGUGCAACAAAAACAGACUGUAUUCCAACAGUUGCCCAUAGCAUCUUUUAAUACUAGAGCUGAUAUUCAGGAUCAAAUGCAACACUAUAAAAUGUAUUUAGUUUUGCAGCCUAAACAAACACCAGAGGACACCAGCAGCAGCAGCACUGACUCUGAAUUUAAGCUACAGCUGAAACGCUAUAUGUGCAGCUCUCUAAGCCAGAGCGGAACAGGUAACCUCAGUCACUCAUGGAUGACUCAUGCUUUGUGUAUGUGAACCAGAAACACUGUCUGGACGUCAGCCACUUGCAUCUUCCGAAUGAGAUUUACUAUCAAAACACCAUUUUAAAGUUUUACUUUUAAAAUGACACAGAAUUCAGAUGUAUUGACUUCCGCAUCCUCCUAGAAGGGCUGCUCAAAUAAAUUCUCAGCCUAAGUGAUUAUGCUGUGGCUUGCAAAUGUCUUUUCCUAUCUCUGUAAUGAAAAGAACCUUGCAGGCUUCAUUAACCUGCAAACCCUGAGAAGGACCAGGAUAGCCAGAUGAAGAACUGGAACUGAGACAUGUUGAAACUGUUGAUGCAAGCAAAACAUGAUAUUAUAUAGAAAGGAAAAUUCCUGGAUUCCAAGAUCCAAGUUUGGGGCAAAGUAAAGUGUGGAAAUAUAGACUGUUAGACCUUUAAAAUAUGUCUUUCCAAUUGCGUUCCAAAAAAAGUACCAUCUUCCCUCAGCAUAGGGAAAGAUCCCACGUUUAGUACUUUAAAAAUAGUUUACUUACAAACCCUUCAAAAGUCAGGUUCAUGUUCUGUUCCAUACAUCACUCAGAAAGGUUGCACAGGCAGUAAAACUUAGUUUAGUUCCAAAGUGGUGGAAGUUUGUAAAUUAUUGGUAUAGGAGCACAAGAUUGGCUUGUGAGUGUCAUGCAGCCUGGCUAGAGCAACCAGCUUAGCCUCUUCACACGCUGAGUUCAUCAGUAGUGGCAUAGCUUGGGGAGGGCCAGAGGGGUGUUGGCCCCGGGUACAUUUCCUCCUCAUGAAAACUUGCAGCAUCACCAAGGCAGCAUAAAGUCAGGUUUCCAUGUAGUUUCCUCUCAAAAGAGGGAAAUGCUUAACUAGCAUCUGAGACCAUUUGGGAUUCUACACGUUACUCAAAACUCCUGGGAAGUUUAUUUACUGAAAUAAAUAAAGCUCCCUUUGCAAUGAGACAUUUUGUAAUAUGCAAUAAAUUCUCAGAUUCUCCCAGGACGGGGAAAAUAAAAGCAUCCAUUUAUGCACAGAAAUAUUCUGCCUCUUGCUUUCCCUCUCUACCACUAGAGGAUGCCCCAAACUGCAAAAUAUGUCCCAAUGCCUGGGAACUGCACAGGGACAUCUGCUACUGGAUCUCUCAAGGGCAAAAAACCUGGACUGAGAGCCAAGAUGACUGCAAAGGAAAGAACUCCACCCUGCUUGUGAUUCGGGACCAGCAGGAGAUGGUAAAUAUGCAGCUUAUGAGAAACAUCUAGCCAACAGGGAUUCAGUGAAGCAAAGCCCACAAGAGACUUCUGGCCAGGGAUGUGGGACCUGUGGUCCUUCUAUUGUUGGACUUCAGCUCCCAUAAGUCCUAACCAUCCGUCAAGAUGCUUUAUUCCUUAACAGCACAUGUAACUUUGCUCAAUGACAUUUGUAUAGAUCUUGUAAGUGUUCAGAGGGAUUUACAUGCAUGAUCCAAUUGUAAUCCUUAUAGCAACCUUUUUAAAUGCUCAAUAUUAUUAUGUUCCGUAGUGCAUUUGGAAGACUAGAGGCUCAGAGGGUAGCUUGCCUAAGGCCACCUAGUGUGUUCAUGUUAUGGCAGAGGUGAAAUUUGAAAUAUGGACUUCCUGGUUCUGAUUUCAUUCUCUUCACCCUCCAAUGGUGUGUAUAAAAAGUAGCAAAAAAAUGCACUUAAAUUGCAAUCCAUCCAUCCAAUCCCUUGAGCCUUGCUGUCAAUCCUGCCUUGGCCUAAAAGCUGCUUUAGCCAGUCACUGCUGAAAUCAGAUACACAUCUCCACAAUAUUAAAUACACAUUAGUUAAAAUGCAUGCAAAUUUGUACAGAAGGUGCUUAUACGCACAUACAGAAGUAGGGGACCCCCUCCUUUACUCAGCUAAAAGAUUUCCACCCGGGUCAGUUGAAGAUGGCCAAGGAGCAGGAUGUGGAGCAAUGAAGAGCUCCAUAGAAAUGAAGCUGAUGGAACUGAGCAUGAACUGUUGAUUCAAUGGUCAGAAUGGCAACAUCCAGUGCUAUUUUUCUAGAAAAAGAGGUGCCAGAACUCACCAUGAAGACCUCCCUUGUUUUCUUAUAAUGGUAACGGUGACCACCUUAGAGGUGCCAGAACUGAGGUCCGGCAAGUUCCAGCUGAAAGAAAAGCCCUGGCAACACCCUUGUCUGUUCCAUUAUAGGCAAUCAUAAAGAAUUUGACAAAGGAAACCUCGUAUUGGUUGGGACUCAAAGCAGCCAGACUCUCUGAAGAGUGGACCUGGGAAUGGGUUGAUGGAUCCCCCUUCAAGGGAGAACUGUGAGUAGUUCCAGGUGUGCACAGAUAAUUUCUGUAAUUUUUUAUUUUUUUAUUGAUUUGCAUGCUAGCAAAGAAGCAUAGACCUAGUGAUGUAAAUAAAGCACAGAAAUGAAAAAAGUGGGAGGCCUUAACUACAACCUUCAAAUCAACACAUACACAAAGGCUGAACUACCAAUAUAAAUAAAAGAGAUGCCUUUACUGAUGCCAAGGUAUAAGUUUCCAUCUGUCCCAAGAGGCGUCUGGUAACAUCUGUUCGGAUUAUUUUUAUUUAUUAAAUAUAUACCCACAGGUCUCAGUACAUUUACAACUUAAAAUCACAAUAUGAAAACACAAAAUACAUUUUUAUAAAAGCAGCCCAAGAGCCCCCCCUUCUCCCCAAUAAAUUUUAAAAGGGCAUUGGAUGUCAAUCAGCUGCAUGUCAGUCAGCUGAGGAUAAAUAGCUCACCUCUUGGCAUGAAGGGAAAGGUUUUGAUGUGAGAAUGAAAACAGUAUCCUGAUACUGAAUGACACAGUCUUCUCUCUCUCGUUUUUUUGUUGUUGUUUUUUUUUAAAAGCAACAACAAAUUGUUUCCUUUAUUUUGCAGGUUUACAGUAUCGGACCCUGCUAAAGUAAACAGCUGUGGGUUGAUAAGGCGAAACAGUGUUAAUUCUAACGCUUGUAGUACUUUAUCUAAUUGGAUGUGCAUGAAAGCAGCUUUCCCAAUAUAAGCACAAAAUGGGGUCAAGUGUUGGAAGUAAGAAACCAUCUCUUUCUGAACAAUGAGUUGCCUACUGACUUCUUGUGCAGCUUGCAAGAUCGCCUCCAGCCCAGAAUAGUCUGCAGUUGCCAGGAUGCUCCUUAACCGAAAGAAGCCAAAAGCCCUAGUAAUAACUUGUGUAUUAUGGGUAAGGUUUUAUGCCCCAAAUAGGCAACUGUCAUAAAAUUCAAGCUUGGAACAAAGCCCGUCAGUUUGUCAGUUCCUCUGAGUUCCCUAUCAUUGCUUUCUAUUAAUGUAAUACUAUUAUAAGGCAAUUAAGUGAAGAAUCUGAAGUCAAAAGCAAAGGGAAGUUCACCAGAUAUUAGGUAAAGGUAAAGGUAAAGGACCCCGGGCUGUUAAGUCCUGUCAAAGGCGACUAUGGGUUUGCAGCGUUCAUCUCGCUUUCAGGCCGUGGGAGCCGGCGUUUGUCCACAGACAGUUUUCUGGGUCAUGUGGCCAACAUGAUUAAACCACUUCUGGAGCAACAGGGCACCGUGAUGGAAACCAGAGCACACUGAAAUGCCAUUUACCUUCCUGUCGCAGCGGUACCUAUUUAUCUACUUGCACUGGCGUGCUUUGAACUGCUAGGUUGGCAGAAGCUGGG